AUGGAAACACAACAUGUAUUUUCGACUGCGUGGUUGACUUCGCUCAACGACACCGCAAACAAUUCAGACUCGGAGGAUAUUUUACAUCAGAACUGUCGAUCAGAAUGGCCCGUUUCAGUUUGCGAGUUCGCUAAUAUAUGUGGACUAAUCAGCACAGCGAUAUGGUUUGUUGUUCUAUUUCCGCAAAUUGUGAAAAACUGGAGGCGGAAAUCGGUGGUUGGACUCAGUGUGCUAUGGGCAACGGCAAAUUUCUCUGCGUCUCUAAUCAAUGUAUUCUUUGUGUUUCGUAUUCAAGAAUUACCAGCAUACGUGAAGGUCUCCGCCAUUUAUAUGCCUACACUUGAACUGUCGAUGUUGACUCAAUUUUGGAUUUACGGCACGCAUUAUAAUCAGAAACUUAGGUGGUUAUAUUUACUGGUGUGUCUAGUUUGUUGGUCGUUAAUCGUUGUACUUGAAGUGGUUGUAGGCAUUUACAAAGAAAUGGAGUGGGCUGCGAUUGUAUUAUGGUCUAUUGAAACCUUUCCUCAGGUUAUAUUAAAUAUGCAACGAACAUCAACCAGUGGACAGUCAACUUUAUCGGUCUGCAUUACUUUAGUGGGAAAAACGACAGAUUUUCUGUCAACUUACCUGUUAACAAGACCGUUGCAAUACAUUAUCAUGGCGUACUUCUCGAGUUCAAUGGCGUACAUUAAUGGUAUGCAAGUCGUAUGGUAUUGGAGGAAUCGUCAUAUUACGAAUGAAUUACCCUCUCCUGUGUAUGGUGGAACGGAGUCACGUGAUGGGGGCCAACGGUAUAGGUAUUUCACAAAUGACGAUGAGGCCGAGAACGUGGCUUCCGAACUGGAGAUACCGGAAGAUGACAGUGUUGACAACAAUCCACCAGUGUCGCCAAGUUUGAAAAUAGAGAGAGUCUUAUGUGCCAUACCACUACGAAUCAUAUUCGCGACUUUCAUCUCAGUCACGCUGCUGGGUUAUUCAGAUGACAACGUUGAAGAGGUUUCCAAUCGGAUCAGUAAAUUGAACAAAUCAUUGUUCUACAGUGCAAAGGUCUUGAAAAAAUGGAAUACCGUAAUAUUUGGCAUGAGUGUCGAAAUGACUGAGAGAACUUUGAAUAGGGUACGAACAUUUCCAGAAGUGGAGUAUGUCGAAGAAGAUAGUCUUGCCCGAGGAAACGUUGCCAGUUGGGGCUUAGAUAGAGUCGACCAACGAUUUUUACCACUAGAUGAUGUGUUCAUUCCGAGAGGUGACGGUGCCGGUGUAAAUAGCUACGUAUUCGAUACAGGAAUCCGACUUAGCCACGUUGAUUUCGAGGGGCGAGCAGAAUUCUUUUAUGAUGCCGUGCAAGACGGACAACAGGAUCCAGCCGGAGACUGCAAUGGACACGGAACGCAUUGUUCUGGGACCUUGGCUGGCGCCACCUUUGGUGUUGCAAAGAAAGCAAACCUCUGGGAUGUGAGAGUAUUGAAUUGUAACAGCGUAGCUCUGUGGUCCUGGGUAAUCGAUGGAUUAGAACAGGUUCUCGCGGGUGGAUCUAAGCCAGGCGUGGCAUCGAUAUCCAUAUAUGGUAGUUUGUCACUAGCCCUCAAUACUGCUGUUAACAAUCUUGUCAAUGGUGGAUAUCCCGUUGCCGUGUGUGCGGGUAACGACAACGCCGACGCAUGUGACUAUUCUCCGGCUAGUGCUGCUGACGAUGAGUAUAAUGAAGGUGAUCGUGAUCUAGUCAUACAGAGCAUUAUGAGACGAUAUCCACACAUCGAAAUUGUCAGAAGAUUCAGCAAAGUCGUCAACGGAUUCUCAGCUGUAAUGAACCAAAACGUUGCAGACAAGGUUCAACUAUUGAAAGAAGUAAAAUACGUUGAAAAAAACACAGUAAUAGAGAAAGACUAUAGCGUUGAUAGUUGGGGCUUGGAUCGAGUGGAUCAAAGAGAUUUGCCUUUGGACGAUGCGUAUUAUCCAGAAGGCGAUGCAACCGGUGUCAAUGCAUAUGUCGUUGAUACUGGAAUACGAUAUGAUCAUGUUGAUUUUGAAGGCAGGGCUAGUGAAUUCCUAGAUACCGUAGCUGAACCGGCACCUUACGGGGAUUGUGAUGGCCAUGGCACUCACUGUGCUGGCAUUUUGGGAGGCGCACUAUAUGGCGUUGCAAAGAAUGUUAACCUGCUCGGUGUUCGUGUGCUCAACUGCGAAGGUGCUGGAUAUUUGGAUGAUUUAAUCUACGCUAUGGAUUAUGUUGUUGCAAAUGGAGAAUUACCAGCUGUUGUCUCUAUGUCCCUUGGAGGAGAUAGAAGCCCGGUCAUCGAUAGCGCCGUGGGUAGAAUGUUCGAUGCUGGUUAUUUCUUCGUCACUUCCGGCGGAAAUAAUGACGCCGAUGCUUGUCUUCAGUCACCUCAAGGGGCUCCAAAGGCGUUUUCUGUUGCAGCAACCGAUAUCACUGACACCAGAGCCAGUUUUUCUAACUACGGUCCAUGUAUCAACAUAUUCGCUCCUGGUGUGGCCAUAAAAAGCACGUACUAUCACUCUCCUACAUCCACGGCCGUUCUUAGUGGGACUUCCAUGGCAUGUCCACACGUCGCUGGUGCUGGCGCUAUUCAUCUCGGGAUGAAUCCAAACUUGUUACCAGACGAGGUCGGAGCUGCCCUUAUCGCAGACGCUACAGUCGAUCGUGUUAUUGAUGCAAAGGAAGAACUUGGAACUCCCAACGUACUUUUAUACACCAGAGAUCAGAGCCUACCCUAG